CACACACGCCGCCGGUGGGUUUUACAACAUUAUGGCGACUGUACGAGUCAGUGAGGCGGAGAAAGUUUACAUUCUACACGGGAUACGGGAUGAUCUGAGGGUGGAUGGACGAGGCUGCGAGGACUACAGACACGUGGAGAUAGAGACUGACGUGGUGUCCAACACUGACGGAUCUGCUAAAGUCACACUGGGCCACACUGCAGUGCUGGUUGGGAUCAAGGCUGACAUAGGCAAACCGAAGCCCCUGGUACCUAAUGAAGGUUAUCUGGAGUUCUUUGUGGACUGUUCGGCCAAUGCAACCCCCGAGUUUGAGGGCAGAGGAGGCGACGAGCUGGGGACGGAGCUGAGCAACACUCUCUACAAAGUGUUCAACAACAAACACAGUGUGGACCUGAAGAGUCUGAGUAUCAGUGCAGGAGAACACUGCUGGGUGCUCUACGUGGACGUGCUGCUCCUGCAGUGCGAUGGAAACUUGUACGAUGCCAUUUCAAUAGCGAUCAAAGCAGCGCUCUUCAACACAAAAAUCCCCAAAGUGCACAUUUCCGCAGAUGAGGAGGGAGCAAAGGAAAUUGAGCUGUCGGACGACCCGUACGACUGCGUGAGGCUGAAUGUAGAAAACGUCCCCUGUAUCGUGACCUUGUGCAAGGUGGGCCACAGACACGUGGUGGACGCGACGCUGCAGGAGAAGGCGUGCUCGGUGGCGAGCCUCAUCAUCUCCGUCACACACAAGGGCACGGUCACCUGCACGAGGAAGGUGGGCGGAGGCAGCUUGGAUCCAGAGAGCAUCUUUGAAAUGACACAGGCCGGUAAACGGGUCGGUAAAGCUCUUCAUGCUCCGCUCAUUAAGCUGCUGCAGCAGGAGGAGAGUUUGGGAAAGAAGAGACAGAAGGUCGGCUUCCUCGGUUAGGACUGUAUCUACAUGAUAUGUGUACAUGUAAACGUAGUUUUCUAAUAAAACUUUUCAUUUGUA